AUGGCCGAUAGCGAAAAACCCCGGAAUUCGGUCGAACCCGAACGGCCAACAACGUCAGGCUCGACAGGUUCGUCGUCUGGCUCGAGCAGCUCUUUUGAAUAUGACCCUCAAAUCCACCGAUUACAAUCGCGAAACACCGAACUCGAUCUUGAACGUCGUCAGACUAGUGCUUCACGUGCCCUAAGUAGGACCGAGACUCAACGUGCCCAGCAUGCCCUGACUGUUGGUGAAAGUCUCACGUCGAGACCGUCGAGAAAACCUCUUCCCCCUUUCGGUGGCGGCAAAGAAUACCCGCCGCUUUUGCCUGCGCGUGAGGAUUACGUGGUUGACUUUGAUGGACCUGAUGAUCCCUUAUACCCGUUAAACUGGCCAGUGCCCAAGAAAGUAUAUACUAGCGCCAUCCUCGCAUUUACAUCUAUCUGUUCGACUUUCGACUCGGCCGUUUUCAGUGGUUCGUCUCAAAAUGUCGCAAGUGAAUUUGGCGUCGGGCUCGAGGUCGCUGUUCUUUCAAGUUCGCUUUAUAUCAUCGGUUACGCAUCUGGUCCACUCAUUUGGGCACCGCUCUCCGAACUGAAAGGCCGUCGUCUCCCUAUCUUCAUUGGCAUGUUUGGUUUCGGCAUUUUCAAUAUCGCAGUUGCUGUCGCAAAGGAUAUGCAGACUCUUCAGAUCUGUCGUUUCUUCUGUGGUAUCUUCGGAAGUUCCCCACUUGCUGUUGUGGCCGCUGUCUUCUCCGAUAUUUGGGAUAACCGAACUCGCGGUACUGCCAUUGCAUGUUUCUCUGGCACCGUUUUCCUCGGUCCGCUCCUUGCGCCUUUCAUCAGUGGAUUUAUCAACAUGUCGUAUCUCGGCUGGCGCUGGACCGCCUAUAUUCCCGCGUUUAUGGGUUUCGCUGCAUUUAUUUUGAAUGUCUUAUUCCUGCAAGAGUCAUACCCCCCUGUUGUUCUGGUGUCCAAGGCCUCGGAGCUGCGUCGCCGGACUAAGAACUGGGGCAUUCACGCCAAGCAGGAGGAAAUUGAGGUUGAUCUUCGCGAGUUGAUUGUCAACAACUUCUCUCGUCCGCUCAAGUUGCUGUUCCAAGAGCCGUUGAUUCUUGCUGUCACCCUCUAUCUCAGCUUUAUCUACGGUUUGCUGUACUGCUUUUUGACUGCCUAUACCCUGGUCUUCCAACAAGUCUAUGGAAUGAACGCUGGUGUCGGAGGCCUUCCGCUGUUUGGUAUGGUCGUUGGUCUGUUUAUUGCUGCGACAUACAUCAUCACAUCAAACAGGUGGUAUAUCAAAAAGCUCGAGCGAAAUGGCGGCGUCCCAAUUCCCGAAUGGCGUCUUCCACCAGUGAUGGUCGGUGGCGCUCUCUUCGCCGCGGGCUUAUUCUGGUUUGGCUGGACUGGCUUCAACGGAACAAUUCACUGGAUUGUGCCUACGCUGAGUGGACUGUUCACUGGAUUCGGACUUUUGAUCAUCUUCAUUCAGCUGUUCAACUACCUGAUUGACACGUACCUCAUGUUCGCCGCAUCAGCUAUUGCAGCAAACACCUUCUGCCGAUCGAUGGUCGCAGCCAGUUUCCCACUAUUCUCCCGUCAGAUGUUCCAAGGUAUGGGUAUCCAGUGGGCAUCCACGCUCCUUGGUUGCGUGGCGGCCGUUCUGGUUCCCAUUCCCGUUGCAUUCUACUUCUUUGGUAAAAGGUUGAGAAUGAAGAGCAAGUUUGCUCCUUUCUAUGAAGCCUGUCAGGAAGGACAUUCCGGGGAGGAUGAAGUCCGGGCUGAAGAGGUUGUUGGUGAGCCACAGCCAUAA